AGUCUGGAGAGCACUUCCAUCCUGCCUAACCAUGAAGUCUGCUGGUCUGGUCUUCCUCCUCGUGGGGCUCCUCGCUCUCUCUGCCAUAGUGCCCUCUGUCUCUGCCAAAGAUAAGCCUGGAAGGUGCCCUCCCUCUCCUGCAGUGAUUAAACCGCCUUGCCAAAAACUCUGUAAAGGUGAUAAUACUUGCCCUGGUGCCAAGAAGUGCUGUAACAUGAUGUGCUCAAUGGUCUGCGUGGAUCCAGACUUUUCAGUGUGAUGCAGAGUCUGAAAUCCCCACAGUCGUGGUUUCUGAGAUGAGACCCAGGAUCCAGCGUGGAAAGGCUGUGAUGGGCCCAGCUCCUUCCCUCUCUGCAAUAAAAUGAUCUGUGAAUCUGCA